UUUAAUAUUUGAAAUACCAACUUUAAACUGAUAAAUUUAAAAUACUUUUUCUUCAAGCGUAAAAUUUAUUGUAAUGAAGUGUCAUAUUUGCGAAAUUAAUGAAUCCAAGUAUAAAUGUCCAAAAUGCAGAAACGUCAAGUAUUGUUCUGUUGCAUGUUACCAAAAUCAUUUAUCAGGUGAUUGUACAAUGAACAACCAAGAAGUUUCAAAUGAAAUAUUAAAAAAUGUACAACUGUAUCCGACUGAAGACACAAUCCCAUCUGAAAAAUUGAAUUUACUUUGUUAUGACAAUCGUCUAAAAGAAUUAGUAUCUGAUUCUUAUUUACAAAAAAUAUUGGAAAAAAUAGACAACAGUACUAAUCCCAACGAAGAAUUAGAAAAAGCUAUGGUUGAGCCUAUAUUUGAAGAAUUUGCUACAAGAUGUUUGGAAAUUGUAAGGGACAAAAAUAUAAAUUGAAGUUCAAACAUAAUUCACUAAUCUACCACUGGCAAAUAAUAACAUCUUUGUAAUAUUACCUACUUACUUUAAGGAGUUAUUUUAUAAUCUUUCUUAAAAGAUUACAAAAGCUAAAUUGACUGAAAACUACUGUAAAUUGUAAUUAUUAUUAUUAUUAUAAGAUUGAAUUAUUAAA